AAUGCCGCGCAACCCUCGGCCUAUCGUGAUGUCUUAGAAAACAGUGCUCGCGGAGCAGGCCACGUCGAAAGUCGUGCGGUGAACCGCGCUCCGUCACGCUUCGAUACUCGCACGAGAAAGAUAAGCGAACGAGGUAAGAGAAUGCUGGUAGACAGGAAGUCUGGUCCAGGGUUAAUACGUCAAAUAUGGUAAUUCCUGAACAGAGAUCAGCUAAAAGAUCGUUAACGGAAGGCCCGUCGUGAUUUCAAGCCGCUUGACCUCCAAUUUCCGACUUCCCUGUACGUGAUUCCGUAGUCGCAACUCAGUAAUUUACAAAUCGUUUCAGAUCGACCAAGACCUGCGUGCCUUUUCGAACAACUUUCGUUUGGACAACGUCGAAACAUGUCUGGCAAUCGUUUGAUCUCGUCUUCCUGAUCCUCAAGCAGCGCCGAGGAGAACAACGGAGGAUCAAGAAAAACAUAUCAGUGGCCGGAUCGAACAACAACAGCGACCAGAAGGUCUAGCUUGAUUUAACGAGGUGGCAUGCCAGCGCGACCUCCGAGCACCACUUCCCGGUACGUGAGUCAGGAUCGCAGGAAACGGUAGCCUCCGCUAGGAUGAGUGCAAAGAUAUCCCUCGCAAGCCGUGGAGCGGCGCAGUCGCCGGUCAACCAUCGUGGCAAAGCAUCGUCGGGGCUGUUGCUCGCCGGAAAGUCUGUCAAGAGGCCGUCGUCGAUGACCGUAGAGGUGACUGGCACCGAGGAAAGAGUCGUCAAACGAGCCGCUGCCCCAAAAGUGGAAGGAUCGUCCAGUUUAUCACGUCCGAAUACGCUGUUGAAGAGAGAGAGCACCAUGCCAACCUUGACGCGCGGUUGCACUACUGUGACGCUGCCGAGGAUCAAGAGAUUCAAAUUCGGUUCCUUCGCGUCCAGCUCGUGUCUCGAUAUAACCACGACUGACGUCAGGAGCACGUACACGCUCCAACAACAACAGCAGCAUCGGCAGGCAACGUCGCUGUCACCGAUGUCGACUCUGGUGUGCUGCGAGCCGGUCUCGGCCGGACGUUCCCGGGACAACCUGAAGCUGGUUCUGAAUCGCAGUUUGAGCGAGCCAGGACCACCAGCGAGCGCGUCUACGUUCCUGUCCUCGCCGACGUCUACGGUAUCGCCUAGCUCGUCGACCAGCAGCGGUGUCGACAGUUGCAUAGCCAGCGACGGCACCGAGUGUAGUUUGAACGCCAGCGGAAGUAGCAUCAGCGCCUGUAGCAGCUCAAGCAGCGGUACCGACUGCGACCUUCCGUUAUCCGACGUUCAUCGUCACUACCAUCUUCAUCAUCAUCAUCACUUUCAUCAGCACCAGCUGUCCGCGUCGAAACGCUGCAAAGUGGAGACCGUCAGCCUCCCAGCGAGUCCGUGCUCCGAAAACAACACGCUGCAAAGACAGCUGGUACUCCAGAGGACUAAGACCAUCACCGCCGAUGAACUAGCGGAUCGUCUCCUCGGACGGGAUCCCAGUGGUUCCGUGUUGCUCGAUUGCCGACCGUUUAUUUUGUACAAUGUGAACCACGUAAGGGGCGCCAUCAAUGUGAAUUGCUCGGAUCGAUUCAAUCGGAGAAGGUUGCAAUUGGGUAAAGCGAGUCUGGCCGAUUUGGCCAACACUAGAGAAGGCAAAGAACUGUUGCGUAGAAGGCACUACAGGGAGGUGAUCGUGUACGACGAUUGUACCGACGAUGUGGAUCGACUACCCGUUCAGCAUCCGCUGUUCCUCGUGCUCGUUGCGUUGCUGGACGAUAACAGGGAGCCCGCUCUUCUUUUGGGUGGACACAAGGAGUUCCAUAGGCGGCACAGGGAUCUCUGCGAGGACACGCUUCUACCAACUGUCGCAGCUGGCCCAUCAACGGUCGCCGGUUGUUCCAGUCCAGGACCAGGUUGUCCGGUAUUAAGUCUAUCCGGGCCACCGACUCCCCAACCGGCGGAUAUCGAUAGUCAUCCAGCCUCCAGGGUUCUCCCGUUCCUCUAUCUUGGAAAUGGCCGGGAUGCGGCCGAUUUACAACUCCUUCGCGCAUUAGGCGCCACCAGGGUGCUCAAUGUCACUUCACAGCUACCUGGAUAUCACGAGGAGAGGGGUAUCACGUACAGACAAAUCCCUGCCUCGGAUUCUGGCCAUCAGAACCUUAAACAGUACUUCGAAGAGGCGUUCGACUUCAUCGAGGAAGCACGGAAAGCCGGAAGCAGCGUGUUAGUGCACUGUCAAGCGGGAGUGUCGCGCAGUGCUACGAUCGCCAUCGCGUACAUAAUGCGGCACAAGGGUUUGUCUAUGGUGGAGGCGUACAAGCUUGUGAAGAAUGCGCGACCUAUCAUUAGCCCUAAUCUGAACUUUAUGGGACAAUUGUUGGAGCUCGAACAGGGUUUAAGGGCGUCCGGUGGGGUGGCUGCAGCCCCGGAAGAACCGAAGAGUUGUCACCAGUGUCGUUGGUCUCACCAACAGAACAGCGAGGAAGUUACUUCCGGUUGCAGCGUCUGAGCUGAGCGAAAUCAUCAGGCGAGCAUCACCCGAGAUUCUCUGGUGUAACGAUCGGGUUCCUGCGGAGAAAGAAGAAAAGAGCCCACGCGCGGAUUGCGAGGCUGCUUUACGUUUCGCACCCAAGGACGCGGUCGAAAGACACACUCUACACAUAUCGUACACGUAUAUCCGUUAAACGAACCGGAGUCAUCGUUCUUCCUGUUUCACACACACGUGCGAAGAACUCGGAUAGCAUACCUUGCUACACGUGCCUUGGCGAUCGGCCCUAGAAACGGGAAAGGCUGAUUUACAGAGAGACACUUUAUGUCUAUUAUCGAGUAACUUAUUUGCUGAAAAAUGAAGUGGUUCUAAAACAGAGAGAGAGAGAGAGAGAGAGAUAGAGAAAGAAAGAGAGAACGCGUUGUUGACUUUCGAAUGGCGAAGGAAGAUGCGAAACGAAAGUAAAAAGAUUGGCGGCGUCGUGUACGCGUCGCCCUCUAUUCUGAAACCGGAGGACCAACUUUGUGUACGCCUAAUGAACGAGUUUCUUACCGUAUACGUUUGUCAACGACGCGAGCUCGUCCGCGUUACGAGUUAUUUAUGCGUGAAAGAAGAGAAAAAUAUAGAGGAAGCUUUGUGCAAUCGUCGCGUCGUGAGAAAAGAGACGGUGUACUUACGCGACAGUGUUCCGUAGUUUUUAUUGGUACAAAAUAUAUACGUGGUAAGAAGCGCGUUCGUCGGAGGAAAUCGUCGCGAAUAUUUUUUUUUUUUUUUUUUUGUUUCUUGCGUAGUCGAUUGCAGUAGCUAGAGUAUGUACAUUUGAUUUUAACACGAUGAUACACGAUAUUCCACUUUUCUUGGAAAGAUCUACGCGUUUGUAAUUUAUGAAACUUGAUUUUAUCUUUUUGUUUCUUUUUCCUUUUUUUUUCUUUUUUCUUUUUAAAUGUGAAGUCUUCUCGUUUAAUUUAAUUGGCCGCGAUCCUUCUCUUUUCGGGUGUGUUGCGUUCAAUUCUAUCGAAGAAGCAUCGAGCAAUUGCGUCCGGGCUAUCUUGCGGAAUUAUCUCUUUGCCAUGGAGAGACAGACGCGCGUGCGUAAAGGAACAGUUAAAAAGGUGGGAUGAAUGUACGUCAAUUGAGAUCAAUAAUAACUAUGUUUGCGUUUUUGCCUUUUGCCUAUUUGUAUCUCUGUAUUCGUAAUAUUACUUUAUUCGAUAGCGAAGUGGUUUAUAUUUGAUAAAAUAAUAUAUCGUUAAUCGAAAUUAGCUUAACCACGAGCUCCGUAGCAUUUAAGGAUCUGGUUGAGAUCCAACCAUCGUGAUCUAGUCGUUUGUUGGGAUGUAACUGAUGAUAAUUAUGAUAAUGAUGAUGUUGAUGAUAUGUAAGGUGCGAAAGAGAGAGCGAGAGAGAGGGAGAAAGUUCAAAUAUCCCCCGCCAACUAAUUAAGAUAAUAUAAGAACGACGUCGACAACUCGAGAGACAAACAUGCGAUUUUAAAAGCGUAAUUAAGAUGCCACACACGGAUUUUUAGUUCGGAUUCGACGAGUUUCAACCUUCCAGUUGAAGUUUUACGUAGUAACCAAAAUUAUUAGCAUUUCUCGAUUUUGUACAUAACAAGUAAACGUUAACGCACGACGACGCGCGGAUCGAAGAUACUUUAGACGGUUCUGCUCGCUGAACAAACAUCGAAUUCAAAUAAUAUGUAUCGCUCGAAAAUUCCUCCAUUUUGCUCUUUCGUCGAGAUUCGUCGAAUUACUUGUUGCGCGACACGAACAUUUCCAACGAAUCGCUAAUCUAAAUAACGACAGAAGUUAGAAAUGGAUUAAACGGAUGUUGUUGGCGGUUCAAGCGAUCGUAUUUCAUUUUAAUCGGAUAGGAUCGUUGUAUUCGAAGAUUAUUUGAUAUCGAUGUGCGUGCAGUCCCAGGCGAAUUGUGCCGCACGAAGUGAAAUUUCUCGACUAAGAACUUGGUCUGUGUUAGCGGUAAAAGUAUUAUGAGAAAGGAAAAGCGUAUUUCCUCGCGUGGCACGCGUCGUCCGAGACGCGUGUGUAUCUUAACCUCUAAUCGCUUCUGUCUUAAAUCGCAACGGGCGAUUCUCAUUUCCUUCUCAAGAAUCGACGACAGUCAAUAUCGAUCAUUCGGCGUAAUCACCGGGAAACUAAAACAAUCGUGCGCGCAGUUCGCUUUAAUCGUCGAAAUACCUCGAGCAACGGCCUACAUAGGACGUUGAUUAAACGUAAAGAAGUAAAAUAUACGAAACGUGUACAAAAUAACUGUACGACACGACAAUCGCCGCUGUUAAAUCAAACCGAGCAGCUGUUCAAAAAAAAAGUCGCUUAACCGAUAUGCCUUUCUACGUUAGAGAGACUCAAACUGUUGACAAUAAAAGCUCGACAAGAGAAAUAGAGACCUGCUGUGCGUGAAAAGUAAAAUAUAUAGGUUCGCGUCAUACAUAUAUGUUCACGUUAUAUCGAUAUAUUAUAUAUGUAUAUGUGUGUGUGUAUGUAUAGCAUAACGAGGCAGAGCAAGUUCCUUCAAGUUCUCUCGAGGAAACGGUACAUAUCAAAGAAAUGUCGCCUUGUAUUUUUUCCUUUUUUCUUUUCCUUUUUUUUCCGUUUCUUGUAGAUCGCGAAGAACGAUGUCACAUUCGAAGGGAACAAUUUCUGUUCGCAUCUCUUAUAAUAGUUGGGCGCCGUUAGGCUUCAUGUAGAACUUGUAAAAAGCAUUAGCGAAUAAUAUUGUAAAUAUUCACCGAGCAAAGACACACGAGCGAUCACGAAGGGAUUCGCAUAGAAAGGAGAGAGAGAGACCGAUCAACGUCAUGUAAUAAAUAAAAAGAGAGUUCUAUUCGGUAGAAAGAGAGAAGCAGAAAGCUACGGCCGUAGUACCUGUUGCGUCAUGAGAAUGUACGAUACAUAUGUAAUGUUUACUAGAUUGUGGAAGAACUUUGACAAUAAAAUGUAUGUCGAUUUACGAUAAAUAGCCAUAGUUGUCGUGUGAUGAUAAAAAUAAUGCUCGGUGCAAUUUUGUACUGGAACUGGUAAAAGCAGAGAGUCGUAAGGUUGCUAGGCGGCCUUGUCACAUUACACCACUCUAUUGCAAUUAAGAUAGCUUGAAAGAUAGAACUACUAGUAGUAACUAAUGUCAGGCGGUCGAACAAGUUCCUAACACCAUCUUGCCGCUCAUAAUUUGGACCUUUGCUUAUCCAGUUCUAUUUUGCGCGAGAACCGAGUCCUUAACAAUAACGAUUUAUCGUAGAUCGAUUUACUCUUUUAUUACUCGUGUCCUUCUGCAUCAGUAUAAACGUGUUGAGGUUCGCGUACACACAUUUCUUGGGAUGGUUUAGUAGAUGCUGCACCGAGUUGACAAUUUUUUUGCGGAAACGUCGCUGUACGAUCGGAUACCUUUUUUGUUUUUCAAUGUACAGUUAUAUAAAUAUAGCGUAAAGUAAUUGUGGAUACGCGAGGACAACUAUUGUAUCAUAUCAAAAUUUAGUUAUUUUAUGAAUAAAAGUAUAAACCGCA